AUGAGCUCGACGACGUUGCCGUUGGAACUGAUCGACAAGGCGAUCGGGUCCAAGAUCUGGGUCAUCAUGAAGACAGGUCAGAGCUCACCGUCGCUCGAUAAAACGUAUGCGCUGUCUUGAGCUGAUCAGUCGACUCUGCUCCGGUGGGGACGAGGAUAGAACGAGAGUUUACGGGCACUUUACUGGGCUUUGAUGACUACGUUAGUGAGUGCACCGGCACCACUCGAGGGAGAAAAGGCCACUCGCACUGAUCAUCGUGUUGACAGACAUGGUUCUGGACGAUGUUACCGAAUAGUACGCUCCCCACCCAGGAAUCGCUUCACCUCACCCACCCUCUGGCACCCACCCAAACCUGUGCUAAUUCCUCUGUCCUUGAUCACAACAGUGAAACCACACCAACAGGCGAACGCAUCGCGACCAAACUGACCGGAUCGACCUUGUUGAACGGCAACAACGUGUGCAUGCUCGUGCCGGGGUCGGGCCCGGAGGAGGCGACAGAAUCCUCCGCUUGA